AUGUCGUUUCGUGGUGGACGCGGAGGUGCCUAUGGAGGACGUGGUGGACGGGGUGGACGGAGUGGUGGUGCUUUUGGUGGUCGCGGUAGUGGUCGUGGUGGGUUCCGCGAGCCAGAGGGUCCACCAGCUUUCGUUAUUGAGUUGGGCUCGUUUGUCCAUGCUUGUGAGAACGAGAUGGUGUACAAGAGCACCAAUGAUAAGGUGCCGUAUUUCAAUGCCGGUGCCUUUUUGGAGAACAAGACGCGCAUUGGCAAGGUUGACGAGAUUCUCGGCUCCAUCAAUGAAGUCAUGUUUACAGUAAAGCCGGACACGGGUGUGUCGGCUACAUCUUUCCAGGCAGGAGAUAAGGUGUUUAUCAGCCCCGACAAGUUACUUCCUCUUAGCCGAUUCACUGAGAAGCCCGACAAGAAGUCGGCAGGAGCUGGUCGUGGCGGUCGUGGUGGUGUGGGUGGUCGUGGUGGCGGCCGCGGUGGCUUCAGUGGACGAGGUGGUGGCUUUGGUAGUCGUGGUCGCGGCGGUGGUCGUGGCUUUGGAGGUGGUCGUGGCUUUGGAGGUGGUCGAGGACGGUAUUAG